GUCCAUGGAGGAAGAGAAGAGCUUCAGGGUUUCCCCUCCAGAGAGCACCAUCGGAGGAGGAGGGGGGGUCACGGGGACCAUCGAUCUGUGCCGCCGAGAUCCAUCCUCCGCCGUCGAUCUCACGGAUCGAGUCCACCUCCUCCCUUGCUCCAUCAAGCACGACGGCCCCUGCCCAGUCUCCCACUACUUCAAGCCCCGUGAUUUAGAUGUGGUGGUGGAUGGAUCGAGCGUGGAAGAAGCCUUCUUCAGAGGGAGGAAACUGCAGGGGAUCACUGUUCCACUUCCGGAGGGUUAUCGUGGCCAUGUUUUGGAGAGUAAGAAGUCAGGGAAAGGGAAGGGCUUUGGAAACCUCGGAAGGGGAAGGGGAAGGGGAGUUCAGACCGUUGGGUUUUCACGUGCGGAGUUUCGGAACCUGACGUAUUGGAAUCACGACAUCGUCCCGUCGUCUGAUGAUCCGCUCGUGCGCAGCUUCCACUGGUUCUCUGUUGCUGAUGCUUUGCACAAGCCUGUCACUGCAGAAGAGAUGUCUUCCACUUCAACUUUUCCGGACUGAAGGUGUUGAACUGAAGUUACAUGCUUGGAUAUAUCAUCUGGAAAAAUAUGGUUGCCUAGCUGGUAAUGUUACUAUUAGUAUCUGGAACUAAUUUCACUUCCCUAAUGACCAGACCUUUCUUCCAUUCCUCACACUCAAUCUCAUACAUGGCAAUGUUAGCAUUCCUGAUCUGUCUUGAGGGACCAAAAACUCUAAUCCUCCAUCAGGAACAUCUACCCAUCCUCUAUCCAUAUGCUCUGAGAGCUUAACUUCUUUAGAUGCUAUUUUAUUUCCUAGCAAUGGAGCUUGAAUAUUACUGGAUCGGUAUCCCACCAUAAGCAGCUGAUGCCAGUUUAAGGUUAAUACAGCAAUAUUUUGUGCUUGGACUGAGCAGAUGGAGUGGAACCUUCCUGUGACUUCUAGCCAGUAAACUCCCAAUAGCUCGACAAACUCAGAAGAAUCAUCUGUACUCCUUUUCCAGUACUUACCUUUGCUGCCAUCUCCUCCCCAUAUUAUGUUGAUUGCUCUGGUGUUGAGUGUUAACCCCUUCUUCCCUCCUUCCUCCCACUGCAUGUACAAUUCAUCCAUGGGUUGUAUUAUUCAAUCAUUGUCUAACAGAAGCAGGUUAACUUUGAAAAUGUGGCAUCUCAGCUUGUCAAGUGAUUUACAUCAAGUUGCUUUUGCGAGUUGAUCAGGAAAUUAUAUGGUUGCGUGUAAUGUGUUGAAUCACGAAUACUUGUGAGUUGAUGGAUUAAAAUUCAAAAUUACUAUUAAA